AGAUCAUGCUUGGCACGCGCAUGGACAAGCCCAACGGUUGCCCGGACAGCCUGUAUGUCAUCAUGCGCCAGUGCUGGCACAUGGGUCCAAACUCCCGCCCAGACUUUGAGGACCUCCUCGCGUCCCUCGUCGAGCUCCAUCGCGCGUACAGCCGAUCUGAAACACGCGCAGGCGUCUUCAACCCGCGAAAAAGCAUCAUCAUGAAUCUUUCUGGUGGCGAUGACGACAACGGCGACGGAUCGCACGAGUCGUUCCACCAGUCCCGCCGCGCCAUCGAGCAGAGCUUCCACUCGCCAACCGGCGGUGCGCGCAACCCGCCAUCAGACCGCCUGACGAAGAUUUCGUACUCGCCGACACCAGACGAGGCUGCCGACAGCAACAGAAUGGCGGCACUUCGCUCGCACGUGGGGAAUUACACACUUGGGCGCGGGCUCGCAAAGAGCAUCAAGAACCUCAGAAACACGAGCGAAUCACCGCAUCGCCUUCGCUCCAUCUCCGACGUUGAGGACACGAUGAAGCCGACACCCAAACGCCAUUCCCACUCGGCCGUGCACCACCAGGACUCGCCCAACCUUCCACGCAACACCAAGCCGCACCACAGCCACCACGGCGCCGACUACCACGCGUACGACCGCGCGGAGGACACGGAGGAACUGCACGGCGUGCGCGCGGUCAGCGACAAGUUUGAUGAAGCGUUUGCGCUGGAUGACAUUCGUCGCUCAAAUCCACUCUAUCACCUCGACGAGUAUGACAAUGUCCUGGCGUACAAGCGCGAUCCGGUGCGUCGCGAAUUCAUCGCCGCGGCGCCGGAUGACAUUCGCGCAGGGGAACUCGUCUUUGAGCGGGUGCACGUGUUCCCCGGCCAGACGCCACGACCAGAGAAGUUUGAGUUCUGGGACCCGCACGACCGUGAUUACAUGUACGUCCCCAUGAGCGAGGACCUUCGCUUCCACAUUGUCAGGGGCAUCAACGCGUAAGCGCGCCAACUUGUGCAGUAGCCACACAAUCACGCAUGCCUGAAACGAGCGUUCCCCUUCCAUCCUUGUCCAUUCCAUCCCUGCACUUCCUUCUCCAUCUCCUCCCUGUUCUCCCCAUUCGUUUCCUUUGCUUUUGUCUUGCCUUUCUUCCUUCGUUGACCUUGCUUUGCCCCCCCCCCGUCUUGUUCAUUUCCUCUGUCCCCGUAACACCCAUUGUGCAUGUAAACGUAUGAGCAAGCACGCGUGCAAGCGUGUGCUGGUGUUGUUGUGGGUGGUGUGCGACAUUGCUUGCACCUCUAGUGGAGGGUGUGUAACGCCUUUCAGUCCAUGGCGACUCGCAACACGUGUGUGGCCAUUGGGUUGUUGUCACUUGUUAUGAUCUUGCUCAAAGUGCUGUUGCUGUCUAUUGCUUUGAUUGAUUGCUUGAGUGAGAUACGAAGGAAAGUAGCCACACAUUAAAUACGGAAAAA